CGCCAUCAAGAAAAUGGAGGAACUUAAAAAGAAGCUUGAUCAAGAGUCGUACGAGAAGUUGAAGGGUAAGUUUUCUUUAAAACUUCAUUUAUUUCAAAAGCUGAUGGCAUCAAACCUCAAUAUUACAAAAGGUUAUCCGUGCCCAGUUGAUGGCUGUGAAUUUGUGGAAAACGAGAGUUUGAGGGGCCUCAAGCAGCACAUCAGGGUUGUCCAUAACCUCAACACCAGCCGGAAGAACACUCUUCCGUUUUUAUGCAAGUACUGUGGAUCUUUGCAAUCAACCUUUUGGAACCUCAAGCGGCACUUCCUUUCAUGUAGGCCGCCAAACCACCAAGAAAUGGGUGCUCGGUUUGAGGAGCAUAUUCCAGAACCUCAAUCUGAGCCAAUGGACGUGGACCCCGCUACGGAAGACACGAACGAAGUCAUUAAGAACCCGUUUUUCUAUAUGGCCGAGUUGUCAAAGGAUGUUUUUUUAGUCAAGCAUCUCAGUCAGUGGCCAAGUUGCGCUGUGAUGUUGGCUUGCCAGAAACCAAAAUCCAAGUUUUUAUCACACAAUGUACGGAAAUGCUGAACCAUUACCAACAGUAUGCAAUGGGCAUAGUCAAACAUUUUAUUGACGCUUCUGAUGUUUCAGUUCACGAUGAAAACGUGAUUGACAUGAUUAACAAGUUGGAAAUUACCAAUCCAUACGUUGACGUUCAAACGCCAGCUGAUAAUCUUGCCUAUCUAUGCGGGAUUUCUAAACGCAGUAUACCGGAGUCAAAAGAAUUUGUUCUUGGUCGCCGUAAAAUUCGCAAAGUGACCCGAAUCCACGUUACAAGCAAAAAACGAAAGAAUACUUUCAAAUCGACGAAGCGAAUCAAGCGACUUAAAGAUGUUAUGCACUACAUCUCUAUUAAAGAGGUUCUUGGUUUGGUUAUCCAGAACCCUUCUGCUAGAGCAAUGAUUCUUGAAGAGAACCAGUCCGCUACAGGUGAUGUUCGAAGCUUCAAGGAUGGUAUGUUGUAUCAACAUCAUGCUUUCUUGCAAAGGUACCCAUUUGCGAUACGUUUGUCUAUGCAUAUUGACGACGUCGAACAUUGUAACCCAUUGGGAUCACGUAAGGGUAAACAAAAAGUCACAACUAUUAGUUUCAAAGUGCAGAAUUUUGAUGACCGGGUCAAUUCCACGCUGGAUCGGGUGUAUACUGUCCUUGUGGUGAAAUCAAACCUGCUGAAGAAAUAUGGCUUCAAAAAAAUACUUCAACCGCUUAUGGAGGAUUUGUCGGAGAUGGAAUCAGAUUCAGGUGUAGUACUGCGUUUGGGCGAGAAUGAGAAUCACACGUUACAUGCAACUGUGGUUCAUGUGUUGGGAGACACUUUGGCUGUUCAUGAGAUUCUGGAAUUGAUGCCACCACAGUCGAAGAUUUUUUGUCGAGCUUGUUAUGUUAGCAGGGAGGCUUUUCACAACGGGAAAUUCGGAGCUGAAUAUCCAGCCAGGACGCGAGAUAGCAUAACUGCAGACUUAAUAGCACUACAAGAGGGAAAAACUGUCCCUUCAAAAUGUGGCUUACAACGAGAGACAAUAUUGCAUUCCUUAAAAUAUUUUCAUUUUGCGGAACAUGUCAGCUUUGAUCCGAUGCAUGACAUUCUGGAAGGCAUUGCCGGAAUGGUCAUUAAAGAAACUCUCAACUACUUACUUAACCAAAUGAAGUCGAUCACAGAGGUUGAACUCAACAAUAGGAUUACAUCGUUCAAUUACGGUGAAAUAGAAUCAAAGGAUCGCCCGAUUGGAAAUUUCAACGCCAAAGGACUAAAAGCGAGUGGCAAUUCAAUUAGUCAAUCUGCGUCGCAGACAUGGCUAUUGUUGAGAGCGUUCCCAUUCAUAAUUGCCGAUAUUUUGAACAACCAUGAGACUUUCCAAGAACUUAUUGCUGAUCUACUACUAAUCACUCAUCUUUCGUUUUCAACCCUACUGAGUCAUGACGACAUUGAACACUUGGAUUCCGCAAUCAGAAGCUUUCACGAUAAUUUCAAGAAAAAUUUCCCUCACAAACAUCCGAUUAACAAGGUCCAUCAUAUUUCGCAUUACCCUGAAGUUAUUCGCAAAAGUGGACCAAUAAGUAAGAUGAGUUGUCUUCAAUUCGAAGCGAAGUUCAAAAUUUCCAAUUUGCAGUCUAAGACAUGCAAUAAUUUUCAGAACAUAACUUUUAGUUUGAUGAAAAGGCUAAAUUUAAAACAAGUAAACGCAAUAAUCGAUCAUAACUACAAAACGAAAAAUCAAAUAGUCAAAUCUGCUUCACCGUCAGCGAAAAAUGCACACGACUUUGCCAUGCUGUUGUUCGAUUUUCCUCAAACAAUAAUAUUUGUUAAUCAUCUUCUAAUUGAUGGUACUAGCUUCCGCCAAGGAUUGAUAGCAAAAUAUCAUACAUGUAACAAUGAAGAAUAUGGUAUCAUAAAAGCCAUAAUAAAAUUAAACAUGGCAGACGAAGAUUGUUGUUUCAUAAUUCAAACCUUACGUAUAGUUGAUUUUAGUAGGUAUUUAAAUAGUUACGAAGUAGUACCGACGAGUAAAACUGUAAGAAUAUCUGCUCAGAAUAUUUUCACUAGAAAAGCAUACAGUUUGUGGCAGAUGGCUGGUGUAAGUGAUGCUUAUUUCAUAAGCUUGAAAUAUAACGAUAGCUGUUAAAUAGAGGGAUGAGCAGUAGUUGAAUUGUUGUUAUGUUAGUUCCAACGCACAGUUUUUAUUUUGUAAUAAAUGUUUAUAUUUCAUGAGCAGUUCAUUCAGUAUUACUAGAAAGAAGAAAAUACCCCUUAUGAUAUUGAUAUUAGUCCUGGUGAAGAAGGUUGAACAUUGCUGCAUCCUGCUCUUAUCUAUUCGUCAACAAAUGGGUAAGAGCAGAAUGCAGCAGCAACAAUGUUCAAUCUACUUCAUUGAACAGGACUAUUAUGUUUAAUCACUUGAAAUUGGCUAUACCUGUUAUACUUUGGCUAUCAGAACACGAGCGAAAAGAGAUUUACCUUGCAUGCCUUGACCAUUACUUGUUCUUUGUUUUUGCACAGUACUGUGCAAACUAGCCUUAUAGUAGGUUGAUUGAUAGUCAUGUUCAAUGAAGUAGGUUGAACAUUGUUGAAUUACCUAUUACCCAUUUGUUGGCGAAUGGGUAAGAGCGGGAUAACGCAACUUCGACAAUGUAAAUACAACCCACUUCAUUGAACAGGACUAAUAUGUACCUGCGUAUUAUUUCUUUGCACUGUCUACUUCUUGUUUUUAAGCAAACAAAUUCUCUGACGAGUCGUUGAAGUACGUGACUGACGACUACUUGACCAAAAUUGGCUUGAACGAAAUGGGACCUCGUCUGAUAAUCAACUCAACGGUUGCAAAACUUUUGCAAAUAUCAGACGAUAAUCCGUCACCGUCAGUUUCCCGACCAUCAGCAUCCGCAGACGUAUCACUGGUGGGCGAAGCCGGACCAUCGAGAAUUAAAGCAGGAUCAGCAGCAUCCGGAGCAGAGCCAUCAACAAGCAAAGGAUCAGCAGGUUCAUCUGGAGUAGGGCCAUCUACUUGUAGUACCUCUGCGAUGACUUCCAAACAGGUAUGCACGAAAAUUAUAUUACCAUCUAAAAGAAAUAUAAAAGCAAAACAAAAUUAAUUGUUAAUUUGCUUUAUUUUAUUAUUGAAAUAGCACUUACACAGACACUUAGUAGCAGUAUUGUUAGCUGCAAACUGAUAGCUUGAUCCAAUCAACACAGUUUCAGACUUUAGACAGUUUCCUUCCUUAUGUCAAUAAACCCUUUACUGCCAAUUAUUGUAAAUAUAGUUUCACAAAUAUAUCGUAAAUAAUUAAAAUCUUUGUAUCAAAAACUUUAAUACUAUUUCAAUUGAUUGUAACAAAUAGAAAAAAAAAUAUAAUUAAAUAAUAUUUUAGAUUAAAUCAAUUUUUUAAUUCGUCAGUCAGUCGCAUUUAUUUAUUCAUUUUUUUUGCAAUGGCAGGAAAGGGUGUUCUUAUGAUCUUGCUUAUGAUUUGCCAAAAUCGCUGGCAGCAACCUUGUCUGGUUUAAGGUGAACUGACUCUGAAUCAUUAAGGUGAAACCGUGUUGUGAUAUAAAAAUAUUCUAUUCAAAUAGGACAAUCGUGGUAAUCUAUGUUUUCUAAACUAAUAUAUUUAUUUAUUUUGCGUUUACAGAUGCGAGAAAUUCUUGAAAACAACAGCAAAUUUCGGCGUGUGGUGUAUUCAAAACUGGAUGCCAAUAUUGUACCUUCACACAAAGAGCUUCUAAUGAUGGUUCGAGUCGUAUGCAAAAAUGCGGUUGAAAAACUAGUUAACCAUCACGUAUAUCCCACAUUUGAAGAGAAAAAAGAGCUAGCUAUCAGAAUCAUUGAUACAUUCCCUUUACUGAAAAAUACUAAAGUGGCAGAAAAUGCACCAGAUUACUCCUAUUUCUUCUGGAAGAACGGCGGAAAAAAUCCAGGAGUGGAACAUACUGGUUUAAUUCAGUCGCACCUGAGGAACGCCUGCAAAAAUAUUCUGCCAGAGAAUAAGAAAUUUGUCCAUAAAAGAAAACUGAAUACAGUCACCAAUGUUUCACCCGAAACAAUUGAAAAAGCCCAAGCUAUUGGCUGUGUCGACCCAGUACCAGUAAACUUCCAUGCCAUUAUGAAAGGUAUGGCUGAGGCACAUGACCUUCUACUGAUGCUUUUGCGGGAGAAAAAGAGGGUGCACGACAUCCUUUCUAUUUUCCCCCAUUUCAAGACAUUUAAUGGUGUUAUGGUAAGCAUAUAUCUGAGAAUAUGUAUUUUAAUGUUCGUUAAUGCUAUUCAAAAUUCACAGAUCCAAAAAGCAUAUGAACGGAUGAAUCCAAAUUACAAUAAAUCGUCGCACAUAAAGCAAUUUUUGUCCAGGGGGCUGAUGCUGGAGGAUGAUAAUUUCAAUGGUGUUCACGAUGAUCAUCUUCGCGGAUGUCUACGCAUUUUCCUAGUUUUGGGCCAGAGGGGCACCAGCAAAACUAUUGGAAUCGAAUCGUUGCCAGUAGAGGAACAAUUGGUAGCUCCUCUGGUUAGAUGGAUACCGGUACGGUUUUUCUUUCAGCAUCGCAUUGCUAUCUAUAGCUUAUAUAUUUUUCUACAUAUUUACAGAAGCACGAUACAUCACUAGCCGAGCAACUAGCAAAGUAUGUUGGAAUCAACCUCGUCCAAAAAGUGCAGCCCCACAUCAUCACCGAUGGCGAACAUUAUUACAUUUAUCUCCAAGGUGAAAUUCUGGAUUGUGGUAAAUCGUCACUCCAGGCAAUUGAUGUGUUUUUCAAGAGUUUUUGUGUUUUUGGCGUUGCGGUUCCGGCGGCAGUCAGGAAGGUUAUCGAACUUUUUGAAGUAGUUGCCUACAAGACAAAAAGCAAUGGUAGUACACAAGGUGUGAAUCACCUUGCCGUAAAAUUUUCGAAAUCUCUUUCAGCCGAAGCUAGCGAUACCGAUUCUGACUAAAAUGUAUGCGAAAUAUUGAUUUAUUAUUGAUGAAUUCAUCUCUGUAAUAUUUACUGAAAAAUAAGGCAUAAAUAAAUAUAAUUGAAAAACUACUUUUUUUAUUUCUUUGCAUUUUAUGAUGAAGUACUAUUCAACAAUCUACCAAACUGCUCCAUUUUUCAUUUAUGAAAAUGGGUAUAUUUUUACCCAUUAUUAGCAAAUGAGGCUUUUUCACAAUGGGUAAAAAAAUACCCAUCUUUUGACAUAAAGUGCGUUUACCCGUUAAUGGGUAAACCGGGUUUACCCAUUAAAUGAGGAGAGGCACUUCUAGCGCAAAUGGGUGUUUUUUCACCCAUUAAUGGGUUUUCGCAAACGA